GUGCCUUUCAUCUGCUUCCUAGCGCUUCUUAUCUCUUUUAACCAAUAUAGGAGACCGUCGUACGCCACUUCUUCGGCUACAGAGCUCGCCGGAGUUUGCUUUCUGUGUCCUUGGAAAACUCGCUUGAAUUUGGGACUUAGUGUGAUGAAAUCUAAUUUUCCUUAAUGGAGGUGUCUCUUUGAGUUGCUCUAUCAUGAAAUCAGGGUACAAAGCUACAAAAUGAUGGUCAAGUAAGGAACACAUUCAUGUGAAGUUGGUGGCCGGUGUUUCCGAUGUAGGUUGAGUUCUUGUGAAGUCAUAUUGAACGAUUUUGGGAGUUUUGCAUAUUAACAAAACCCAGAGGACAAACAACGUCAAAGGAUUUCUGGAUUCCUUCUGUUAAUAAGGGUUUAUCUGGGCAGAAGUGUUUUAUGCAAUUCUGAAUCGAUGGCUCAAGCUGCACGGUUGAACCUGAGGAUGCAAAAGGAGAUAAAGCUGCUAGUGGUUGAUCCCCCACCAGGCGUUUCCUUUCCCUUUCUUUCUGAGAUGGAUAGCUCUUUAUCCUCUUUGUCAACCAUUGAAGCCCGAUUAAGAGGGCCCGAAGGAACGGUAUACAGCGAAGGACUUUUUACUCUUAAGAUUCAAAUCCCUGAGAGGUAUCCUUUUCAGCCACCUAAUGUAACUUUUGUGACCCCUAUCUACCAUCCUAACAUUGACAAUGGAGGAAGGAUCUGUCUUGAUAUUCUCAAUUUGCCUCCAAAAGGAGCAUGGCAACCAUCUUUGAACAUAUCUACAGUAAUGAUGAGCAUUGGCUUGUUACUGAGUGAGCCCAACCCGGACGAUGGACUAAUGGCUGAAGCUAGUAGGGAGUUCAAGUACAACAAAAAAGUUUUCGAUGAGAAGGCGCGAGAUUGGACUAGGAGAUAUGCUAAUCCCCAAACUACAGCGAAGGAUGUUGAUGACAGCAUAUUUCAAAAUCUGAAUAUGGAGGCUAAACAACCCUCUUCUCUUUCUCUAAAUCCCCACUCGGAAGUUUCAGCCGCGGAGAUGCUCCCAGAUGAGCCGGUUGAGGAGACCGAGGGAAAUAGGAAGAAGCUUCGGCUAAUGGGUGGGAAGCUAUCACUGAAAUCAGUAACACCAUUCAGAAUUACUGACGGUGAAAAUACAGAGAAUAAUGCUCCGAAUCAAAUGCCUUCUAUUGCUACUGGAAGUAUUGAAGAAGUCAACGAGAACAUGCUGAAAGAAAACUGUCGUGAAGUGGAGGAAGACCCAGCAGAUAUACGGAUGAUAAUUGUUUCAGAUAGUGAAGAAAGUGAGGAAGAAAUUUGCAGGCCAUAUGGAUCGAGGUCAUCUCUCAUGCAGAAAAGAACUGAGGGGAAACGGUGCGAUUAAUACCAGAAUUAUAUGGGAAUUUAGCUAUACAGAUACAACAGUUUUUUUGGCUCUUGUUAGAGAUUUUGAAUACGGCAGCCAUGAAUUCACAUUCUGCUUUUGUGGUAUGGAUAGCUAUAUGCAUUUUAGUAGAAUUUAGCCUGCGGGCUUCUGUU